UUCAACAAUUGUCAAUUUUCUUAAAAACAAAAUUGUUUUGAUUGUUAACUUUAAUAUAUAAAAUAGUUUUUACUGAAUUAAAAUUAUGUCGAAAAAUAAAUUAAAAUUAACUUUGCCUCCAGGAUCUGUAGAUUCUUCUUCUCAAAUUUGUACACCGCCAUUUAAAACACCAUCUGGAACAGACUUACUUGGAAAACCUAAAACUAAUAUAGAAGGUAUCGUUGAUGCUUUAGAAGAAUUGGAAAUGGAUGAUACAGCGCGAAAAAGAAUAAAAGUUUUUCUAAGUCAAAAAGAAAAAAUUGGGGAGUUGGGUGAAGAGGAUCUUGAAAAGCUAGGUGAACUUGGAUCAGGAAAUGGGGGAGUGGUCGUUAAAGUCAGGCACAUUCCAACUCAGUUAAUAAUGGCACGUAAAUUGAUUCACUUGGAAGUAAAACCAUCAAUUAAAAAACAAAUUAUUAGAGAACUUAAAAUUUUGCAUGAAUGCAAUUUCCCACAUAUUGUGGGAUUCUAUGGUGCAUUUUAUAGCGAUGGGGAAAUCAGCAUUUGUAUGGAAUAUAUGGAUGGUGGCUCAUUGGAUUUAAUUUUAAAACGAGCUGGGAGAAUUCCAGAAACUGUUUUAGGUAAAAUUACGUCAGCAGUUUUGAAAGGACUAAGUUAUUUACGUGAUAAACAUGCUAUUAUGCAUCGUGAUGUCAAACCUAGUAACAUUUUGGUUAAUAGUAGUGGGGAAAUAAAAAUUUGUGAUUUUGGCGUAUCUGGUCAAUUAAUUGAUUCUAUGGCAAAUUCAUUUGUCGGUACUAGAAGCUAUAUGUCGCCUGAGCGUCUUCAAGGGACACAUUAUUCAGUUCAAUCUGACAUUUGGUCAUUAGGACUAUCAUUAGUGGAAAUGGCUAUUGGAAUGUAUCCAAUACCACCCCCUGAUGCUAAAACACUAGAUGCUAUUUUUAAUAAGACCAGUGAGGAAACUAAUCAAGCUGUUAUAGAACCAAAAUCUAUGGCAAUAUUUGAAUUAUUAGACUAUAUUGUAAAUGAACCUCCUCCAAAGCUAGAACAUGUCAGUUUUAGUGAUGAGUUUAAAGAUUUUGUUGAUAAAUGUUUGAAAAAAAAUCCAGAAGAAAGAGCCGACCUGAAGACUUUAUUGAAUCAUUCAUGGAUAACAAAAUCUGAUGAAGAAGAAGUUGAUAUAGCGGGCUGGGUCUGUAAAACAAUGGAUCUUCCACCAUCCACACCAAAGCGAAAUACGUCUCCAAAUUAAAUAUAUUAAAAAAUUUUAUAUUAUACAAUCCUCUUAAGCUAUUUAGGUUCAAAAUGAAUAUAUUUGUAAUAAGAAUGCUAAACCUAAAUUUCAUAAAAAUCUCUUAAAAAAAUAUCCUAAUAAUAAAUUAAAGUGAUAUUUUUAUGAUUUAAGAAAUGCACCAAAAGCAUAUUUAAUGUAAAUUAAAUAUUAUAUUCAAGAGUGUCACUCGAACUGAAUGUUUAAAUUUUAAAAUAGAGAAGAAAUUUAAUUAAGUUUAAAAUUUAUAUUUUAAAUAUUGUAAAUAAAAGCAUUUUUAAUUCGUUUUUUAUUGGCGUCUCAUAUAGUAUAUAUAUAUAUUUAAUUGUUUAAUGUAAUUCAGAUUAAUUGCUAAAAUCAGCCGGUUAUUUAUGAACAAAAUAAUUCAUACAUAAUUAAUCUAAAACUAAUUGAAAAUUUUUGAAUUCUUGAUUUGUGUUUUACGUGGUUUUACUAUUCCUCGCAAUACGAAAAGAAAAAACUUUUAAUUUUAAUGUAAUUUUUGCACAUAAGUACUCAAUUAUAAUUGAAAAUUUUAUGCACAAAUUACAAUAUACAUUAUAUUUAUAAUAAAAUGGAAAUAUUAAAAUAAUAGUUAAAUUAAAUAUUCGAUGUAUUAUGCCAAAUGCAAAUUAAUACGUUGUGAAUUCAUUCAAGUA